AUGGCAUCUAAAUAUGAUAAGACCAACCCUGAGCUGGUUGCUACCGCCGAUGCGCCCGUUGAAAACGGAAAGUCUGACGUUCCAGAGACGACAAAUGAUGGAAACCCAGAUGUUUCCGGUGCCGCGAAAGCAGCGGGAGCAGCGGGAGACGCAGUUGCAGCAGAAGAAUCACCAGCCGAAGCUUCUGCAGGCGGAGAGGAAGGAGCAGGAGGAGAGGAUGGUGUAAGUGGUGGCGAGGGAGCGAAGAAGGCGGGAGAGGAGGGCAAGGAAGGGACGGCGAGCGAGGUGGCGGCGAAUCUAGAGAAGAAGAAGGCGCGUGCAGAGCGGUUCGGGACGGAGCUGACCAUCAGCGAGGCUGAGAAGCGCCGCCUGCGCGCCGAACGGUUCGGCACUGCGGACGCCGCGCCUGCGGCGGAGGACGCCAAGAAGGCGGCGCGAGCCGCCAAGUUCGGAAUCAAAGCGGAUAAGGACGCCGGGAAUGGCGCGAGCAGCAGUCUGGCGGACAAGGCUGCGGAGGAAGCGCGGAAGAAGGCACGCGCUGAACGGUUCGGCACAAGCCCGCUGUCCGCGCUGAGUGCGGAGGAGGCGGCCAAGCGGGAGGCUCGAGCCAAGAAGUUUGGCACUGCGGGAGAUGGAGCAGCGUCGACUGGAGGGGAUAAGAAGCGAGAAACGUCCGCCAACCCUGCUGACAGCGAGCUCGAGGCUAAGAAGAAGGCUCGGGCGGAGAGGUUCGGCGCAUCCGCGCCUGCCGGGGCUGCUGUGGAGGCUACAAAGGAUGGGACCGACGCUGUUGCAGACAGCAGCAGCUAA